CUGCGUGUGACAGGAGCAGCAUCAUCAUCCUUCACACUCAUUACAAUAAAGAGACUAACAGCAUGAAUACAGUUUUCCUGCUGAUACCAGUCCUUCUUCUGGACCCGGUGGUUUCUAUUACUUUCUACCUGCCGGCCAACUCCUGGAAAUGUCUACAAGAUGACAUCCACAAAAAUGUGCUGGUCUCAGGCGAGUAUGAAGUCAGUGAGGACCCACACAUUGUGACUGAUCUGAGGAUCACUGACUCUUUGGGCGGCAGGUUGUACAACAAGGACAACGCCACAAAGGGGAAGUUUUCAUUCGUAACACAAAAUCACGACCAGUUUGACGUUUGCUUCAGCAGCACAGCUCCAUUGGGCAGUGGCAGGGUCAAAGACCAAGUGAUCACACUGAACGUAAAGCAUGGCGUGGACGCAAAGGGCUACGAAGAGAUUGAAAAACUGGAGAAACAGACCCCCCUUGAGGCGCAGCUACGACAUCUGGAGCGCCUCUCGCAGUCCAUUGCAGAUGACUUCAUCCUCUUGAAGGAACGAGGGAGAGACGUGCGACAAACAAAUGAGUCCACCAAUGAGAGUGUGCAGCUCUUCAGCAUCCUCUCCAUCUGCUGUUUUCUUACGCUGGCCACAUGGCAGAUUUUCUACUUGAGACGAUUCUUCAAGAUCAAGAAGCUGAUUGAAUGAAUAUGUUUUUCCACAAGCCUGAGGGAUACUGCAGGACUGCAAGUUUGGGGACAUUUACAUGGUCGCCACAAUGUGCCUUUUGCUGCGUUUCUGAUGAUGCGUCACAUUUCGUCAAUGUUUACUUGAAGGGUUCAUUUGCAAAAACAGAUAUGUCCAUUUUUAUUUUCCAAAAUCUUAUUUUUUUUUAUUGUGCAGUCAAGGGAAUAUCAAUCAAACUGUUGCUGGUGUACUCAUUUUAAAGACACCUUUUUAUUUUAGUGUUUCCUCUUUUAGUGUAUUUGCAAAAUGUAAUGUUUCUGAAAAUAUGUUAUUUAUAUAAAUAGCAAAGUCUUCCUAUGGAUUCACAGGUGCCUUAUCAUAAAUAAAAUGUUUCAGAGUUUGAA